UUGCAGUGCUCAGGUAUCGAACCGAAACGACCUUUAUGCGGUCCACUAGCACAGCGCGGGCUCUACGACAAAUCCGUACGAGACGAAUCCGUACUAUGUCAUUUUGAAGGGCAUUGUCGCCGGGACGGACCUCGAAGCAAGCCUGCGGUUAUGUUCCCUGAUGAACCGCAAAAGAAUGCGGUACAUUAG